AUGUUGAACAAGCUUACUCGACUACAAGCGCUACAGGUUACAUCGCAGCAAACGCUGACGGGACUCAAGGCUCAGAUGUCUGGUUUGGGUUUCGACGAUGAUGAGAAGAUGGCGUUGCUGGACAGCGGUGCAUCGCAUCCGUUUCGAGAAAGAGCCCUACAUGAAGACGAUGGUGUACCAGUUCGUGUGGACUUAGCGGGCGGAAAGUCCAUCACCCUGCAGCAAAACCGGGGAGGCACGCUGUUACCAACAGCAGACAAUGCGGAUGCGCAGGACGUCUCCACGAUUCUGCCGCUUGGAGCCCUGGUCCAAACUCUAGGCUGUGAUCUGACAUGGACAAGAAAGGGAGGACUGAAGAUUGUUCAUCCUCAGUUUGGGGUACUCAAGACGGUCGUCAAGGGCAACUGCCCGUUGAUCGGGGAGCUUCAAGCACUAGAUCUCAUACAUCAACUUGAACAACGGAAGCUCCGAGAACUUCAGGAGGCGACCGCCGAGACCUUCAUUGGAACACUGUGUUUGUCGGAGCUGAAGGACUGGGACGAGAUGUUUACGGCUUACGUUCAGACCGGCGAGAGGGCACAUGUUCUGAAGGCAUUGGAGUCUCCUGGAUGCCCGUUACAAAACCUUGACCAAGGACUACGAGCCUUGUUGGCAGUGAACCUCAAUCUGGAUGAUGAGUCUGGCAAGGGCUACUUGAAGGCGCUUCCAAUCCGGCGCUCCCAGAGGAAAUCCUUGCUGACCAAGCGAUGGAUUGUUCGGUUGUUCGAGCGUGACGCAGAGACGCAUGAGGAGCUGAAGGUUUCGGAGACGAACUCUGCGGUCAUUGUGAACUUCAGUUUGAAGCGGAGCAAGAUGUUCAACCUGAAGGGUGAGAGCGCAGCCUAUCGAGCUCUACUUUGGGCAGCAUGCCGGGGACAGAUAGAUGGAAUCCUUGGUUGCCCUCCGAGUAAUGCGUGCAUGGAACUCAGCGCCAAACAGCUUUUGCUAUGGAUGGUUGCCAAGGAAGGUGCGAGGGUUCGUCACAAACUGAGCCCGUACUUGGUGACUACGGCGUCUCCCUCUUCAAGAUGGUGGACCUCUACGGUGUGGCAAGGCUUCCAGAGGGAGUAUCAGCUCCCAGUGGCCCAGGUCUCCCCGGUUGGGACCAGUGAGUCGUAUUGCGUGGCGACCAACAUGAAUCUUCAUGGAGAUGAUGAAGGAUGGGGCCCAGGAGUCGAUGUUACGUCGUCUACUACAAGGAAAUGGUCGGAGUCCUUUAUGAAGAUGAUUGCCGAAGGCAUUAUACAAUGGAGGCGGGUACCGGAGCCUCUUGUUCUAUGUAGUGGACAAGCAAGCGGUCCAGCUUGGAGCGCCGAGGAGGCGCGAAAAUGGAGACGGCAUGUGGAAAACGGCCAUCUACCAUACAACAAGAGAUGCCGUACCUGUGUUGAAACCGCAGCCACCGGAAGAAGUCACAGAAGGGUAAUAGCUCCAAGCUGUUACACCUUAAGUCUCGACCUAUGUGGACCUUUCAGAGAAAAGGAGGAGACGGCGGAUGCGAAGGGCUACAGAUAUGCUUUGGUUGGAGCCUACACAAUGCCGCGGUUAGCGGGCUAUCGGGACUACAAGAUUCCUGAGGAGGAGAUGUUUGAAGGUGAUGAUGACGGUGGCGGUGUGGGAAGCAUACCAGUUGAGGAGGAGCCAGACUUUCUUCGUGAACUUGAUGAACCACAACCGGAAGUAUCAAGGGAUGAUCAAAGGGAGAUGGACCAAUCGAACGAAGAGUUCCAGAAGCUCUUCAAGGAGAUUGGGGAUACCCUUGAAUACCAGACCCUCCACUACAUGGUCCCGUUGAAGUCUCGCAGGGCUCCUGAGGUUGAAGCGGCGAUCCGGUUCCUCUAUAUGCAGGUACGUGCCGAGGGAUUACCAAUCCAAAGAGUGCAUAGUGAUCGUGCCCGUGAAUUGAGAGGAGCUGGUAUACGACAAUGGCUUCUUCAACAUGAUGUGUACCCAACAACUGGAGAAGCACAGGUGCCUCAAAGCAAUGGCAGGGCGGAGCAUGUCGUCAAGAUGUUGAAGCAGCGAACGAAAACCAUGCUCCAGAGCGCAUCCUUACCGAAAUCCUGUUGGCCGCUUGCAAUGGGACAUGCAGCUUGGGCGCAGAGAGAGCACGCUCUUGAAAGGGGAAAGACAACAAUCCCAUUUGGUACAAAGGUCUACAUCAGGGCAAAGGUCUUUGGCGUUGGGGGGAAGUUCGAUUUGAACAACAAGUGGGAUGAUGGCCAGUUCGUGGGCCCCUCAACGGAGCUCAAGGGUGGAUUCGUAGUCAGGGACGUGAAUGGGCGAUACCUGACUACUAUGCAUAUGAAGCGCGAUGUGGUGGAUGUGGACCUUGAGGUGAAGCCAACUCCCGCAGAAGCUACGCUACCGGCACCUAUGACUCGAGUCAAGAAGAAGCGAGCUGUGGUAGAAGGCUAUGAUGACUACGCACCACCACCGACAAGAGAUUCAGAUCCGAGAAGUUCGGCACUUGGUCCACAAGGGGAAGCAGAAGUACCCAAUGAUGAUGACGCACCACCACCAACGAGAGAUUCAGAUCCGAGAAGUUCGGCACUUGGUCCAUUAGGGGAAGUCGUAGUACCCGAAAUGGUUGCAGCAUCUGGGUCUGGGUCGCAUGAGGAAGAGAGUUCCAGCAGAAGUCCGGUUCAUCGUCUACGGGAAAAGACCCGACUCAUGGCUAUGAAACCACUGUCCCCGUUGGAGCAAGAGAUCGAGGAUCUGGCGGUGACUUACGAUGUGGACGAGUGCUACGAUGAAGAGGCGGCCCUUCGAAUCUAUGAGCUUCUGGAAAGAACAAAGCUGCCGAGUUCAAGGGCACUAAAGCGAAGGUCCGUUACGGCGUCUACGGCAUGGACCACGGGCAUGUAUACGCAUGGUGGAGUUUCAGGCUUGAGGGCCAAUGCUAAGAGGAUGCCAUCGACGACGGCUUUUCUGGUCAAGGCUGCGAAGGAGCUGACGGGAAAGAGUGAGUUUGCAGUCGUCGCCCUCACACGUGGAGCUCGACUUCGGUGCCACAAGGACUCGCACAACCAAGCGUCUACUGAGAAUACCGUCUUGGCGCUUACCGAGUUUGAUGGAGGAGGAAUAUGGGUGGAGGGCCAUGGAACCAAAUGGCGAGAAGUUCUACCAGGACGAUGGGUUCAAGGUGAUGUUCAUGAACUCAAGCUGGGGACACCUGUAUUGUUUUGUCCAAGAAGCUGGCACGAGACUCAGGACUUCAAGGGCGACCGAGUGGUGAUGAUGAACCUCCUUUACCACCACCAGCGGAACCUCCUCAACCACAGUUACGACUACAGCAACAAUGCGUUCUUGAUGAUGUUGGGUCGAUGGAGUGGGAUUCGAGGCGUCUCACUGAGGAGGAGGGAUGGAGCAAUGCUUCGUCUCAAUGAGUACCAGCAGCAGAUGAUGGAUGAGAUGUUGGACAGGUCUUCGUUUCUACAAGAUCUACUUGAAGAAGAGGAAGAAAGGCUUCAAGACCUACAACAGCUCCAGCAUGGAUGUGUGGAAAGUGCGAAACAGGCCUAUGGGGAAAUCGCACAGAUGCUUGAUGGUUUGACGGCCAAGGUCAAGAAGGAAGCUAUGGACCGUGACGAGCGCUACUACCUCAAGGCAGUGAAUGCUGAGUGUGACUCUCAAGACUAUGAGAAGCUUCUUGAGGACCUGCAGGGCGACCUUCAAGUUACCCACACAGUUCCAUUACAGCAGGUGAAACCAGUCGCAACACGCUGGAAGGGAGCGAUUGAGAAGGAGCUUACAAACCUCUUUCAGACUGGAACGCUGAAGAAGAUCAAGAUGAGUGAGGCUCGCAAACUUGAGGCCGCGGGCAAACUACGUUUGGUUCCGAGCAAGGGAGUGUUCACUUUGAAGCCUCCUGCCGAGAAGGGUGGCCGCUAUAAAAGAAAAUAUCGCCUAGUACUUUGUGGGAACUUCAUUGACCCGGCUGAGUCCCAAGGUUCCUUGUACGCCGGUGGCAUUGGAGCAGAGGCCCUUCGUACCCUUUUGGCAGCGACUACCAGAAGGGGAUGGCGGGGGGCUACUACCGAUAUCACAGCUGCUUUCCUCCAGGCGUUGUGGCCAGAGUCGAUGCCAAUGUAUGCUGUGCUACCACCACGUUUGCUCAAUGAGUUGGAGUACUCGGAAGAUGGAGAAGCUUGGCUAGUGUGCCGACCACUUUACGGCCUGAGAGAAUCGCCGGCUAUUUGGGCGACCCACCGCAAUCAACGGUUGAAAACUCUCAGAGUACCCUAUGGCGAUGGUUAUGUUUCCUUGCGACAGUCGACUACGGAUCCAGAGAUUUGGUUUGUGGUCAGUGAACGAGAACCUCAAGGAGAACUCCAAGGUGUUAUCAUCACGUAUGUGGACGACUUGUUUUACCUGGGCCCUCCAGCCCUGGUUGAGAAGCUGCAUUCAUGGGUUAGUGCUGAAUGGCCUUGCUCGGAAUUACAAUGGGCUUCUGUGUACCCUGGAGUCCGAUACCUUGGAAUGGAGUUGUUUCAGCGCGAGUCUGGAGAGUAUGAGGUGACCCAGCAGGGCUAUAUCAUGGACCUGAUCCGAGCUCACGAUCUACUUGAGGCCCCUCAAACUCUUCUUCCGUGCCCAAAGGAGUGGAUCACAGAUGCUGUUGAUCCUGAAAACGAAGACUUCAAAGAGUCCGACCUUCGACUAGCCCAACGGCUGGUUGGAGAGCAGCUUUGGCUUGCGAUGCGUUGCAGACCGGAUAUCCACUACACUGUGAGCUACAUGUCAAGCUGGGUAAGCAGACAUCCCUUGAGAGUGACCAAGUUGGCUUUGCGAGUCCUGUCCUACUUGCACAAGACUGCCGGAAUGAAGAUGAUCCUUGGACAGCCGAUGGAGUUUCCUGAGGAUGGCUUGUACAAGACCAGCAGCAGCAGUAAGAACACAACAGCAACCAACGACAGCAGCACAGGUUUUAGGGGUAUCAAACUAGUGGGUUUCUCGGAUGCUAGUUUUGCACCUUUUGGUGACAAAUCCUUUGGUGCAUCGAUGGUGACCGUGGAGGAUUCACCAGUCGGUUGGCGAUGUUCGAAGCAAGCUUAUGUUGUUCUGUCAGUAAUGGAAGCAGAGCUCUACCAAGCCACGGAAGCAGCAGUUCUGAUCGAAAGCAUUGGCGCACUUCUUGAUGAACUAUGUGCCAUGACUGUGCCGCGAAAGCUGUGUGUGGACAAUACAGCUGCACUGGCAAUGAUCAAAGGAGGCCAGGGAAGCUGGCGAACGCGCCACCUUAAGGUCAGAGCAGCAUACAUGGUUCAGCAGGUGCAAGAUCAACUGUUGGAAGUGGAACAUGUUGAUGGGAUAAGCCAGAGAGCUGACCUGUCAACGAAGCCACAUCCUAAGGCCAGGUUGUAUAUGUUGCUGAAGCUGUGGAGAUUUGAAGGACUACCAACGGAAGCAGAGGCGUUGAUGGUGGCAAAGAUGACGGUGAUGCUGUGCUUAACGAGGGCUCUAGCGCAGAUCCCUGUUGCAGCAGCUGAGUCUUCAGAAGGUGAGCCCGUAAAGAUUGCUGGAGUGGACGAGCUAGUAUUCUUUGCUGUUCUAGCUUGUGCUGGGGCAGUUGUGGUUUGGGAAGUGUUGAAGCUCAUGAGUCGGAAGCUUUGGGCUUGCUGUUGCAGGGCUGCUAAGGGUCGCAAGGCAAAGCGGCUCAGAGAUAUGGCCAGAGCUGCCGCAGAGGCCGAAGUUGACCGAGUUUUGACCCCCAAACCUCGAGAUUCGAUGACUCCCACACCCACCUUGGGCGUUAUGUCAAGUACUGGAUGGGUACCAUCUUCGCGGAAUGCCCAAAGGAGAUCGAUAGCGACCCAAACGGAAGAUUGGGAGCGUAUGACGCCACCAGUGGUUGUUACUCCACCUCGGGGAAUUCCCGCGGCAAUUCAGAAUGAUGAGAUGUACAUGAACUUUGAUGGUCCUUUCUACAAGUCGGAGUAUGGCGACACUGUUCAUGUUUCUCAGCAUUGCCAGGGAUUCAGGUUGGCCUCGCACCAGAUUUUAUCAUACCGUCUUUGCAACUUCUGCAGUAGGCGGGACCCGAUCUACCAGAGACGAUUUCGAGACGGAUCUGCACGACGAUCUCUCCGUUUCGUGAACACGGGGUGA